AUGGUUGAUAAGCAACGUAUCGUGACAGGGAGAACUCUGCCCACACCGGUGUCCUGCAAAGUAUGCGGCGAUCGAUCUUACGGAAAACAUUACGGUGUUUAUUGUUGCGACGGCUGCUCGUGUUUCUUCAAGAGAUCCGUGCGUCGAGGCGCUCUCUUCACCUGCACAAAUAGCGACGGAUCUUGCACCGUUGACAAAGUCAGAAGAAACUGGUGCGCGCAUUGCCGCCUAAAAAAAUGUUUCUCCGUUGGCAUGAAUACGGCAGCGGUGCAGGAAGAACGAGGACCGCGCAUUCGACGUAACGCGCCCCCAAAUCCGAUUAGUUCCGGCAUCGCGUGGAAGUCCAGAAUCAAUUCGUCGACAUUUUGCGCACGUUUUAACAGCUCCGAGAUAUAUUUUCCCUUUAAGAAUCACGCGCUAAACAAUAUCCUAAUGAUGAAGACACUGCACCAAUCGGAAACAAGGGAAAACAUCUUUUUCCCCAUUAUGACGCAUCACAUACAGACGCCAAGAAUCAUUUCGUCCGGCGCGGCUGUGCAGUACGAAAUAUCCGCGCAAAUAUUUCUGGCCGCCGUUCGGAGCGCGCGUCGUCAUCGUGAUUUCUCGUUGCUGAACGUGGACGAGCAAAAUACAAUUCUGCAUCGCGGAUGGUCGGCGCUUUUUGUUUUUCACGCGGCGACCUGGCCGAUCGACUUGAUGAGUUUGCGAAAGGACGGUGUGGCGACGAGUAACGACGUAUCGGUUUGUCUGACAACGGCACGCACCGCGAUCGCGAAGCUGCAACUGGACGAUGUCGAGUUGAGCAGUUUGGCCACGUUCGUGCUGUGUCGACCUGAAAUCGCCAAUACUACGGAAAGUUUUCACGCGAUGUCUCAAGCGCGACACAACGCCAUUGCGGUUCUAAUACAACAUCUUCAACAACGAGACGAUCAUCGCGACGACAAACUGGCCAAGAUUCUGUUCGUUCUACCUGUUCUCACCGCGUGCUGUCCUCGAGAAUUAGCCGGGGAAUUGUUCGCGCCGAUUAUCGGCGACGCGAAUCUGGAAAGAGUCAUAGCGUCCGUGCAAUAAAUCUUUUGACGAAAGAAACCUUUCAACCGCACGAGAAAGUUUAUGUUAUGUUUUGUUAUUUUAUUUUACAUAUUUUACGCACUGCAAAGAGAACUUGUUUCAUAUGUAUCACUUAUUACACAUGCAUAUAUCAAAAUAAAUCGAGAAAACACUUUGGCAAUCUGCUUAGCGCAGACGCGCACCACAGACAUAAUUUAAUAUGUGCACCACAGAAAUAAAUUUCAAGAAAAUGUGAACAAAAAUUUGCUGAGACACUCGAGAAAAAAUGUUAAACGUGUAAUCACAUAUGUGGGAUUAUACA